AUGAUUGUGAUGCAGUUGCAGCAACAACUGCUGAUUUGGGUUAUAUUUUGGUUAAACUAUGCCACUGCAUUAACGAACUUUACUUGGUCCAGUGAUUCACCAUCGAUGGUUUAUGCUCUUCGAGCACAGAGGGACGUUAUGUCUAGUGCUACGAUUGAUCAGCUGCCACUGGUUGGUGUUGAUGUUGGUCGUGUAUUCAUCAAUGGGAUGGUGAUUGAAAAUAAAGAUGAGGAUGAGGAAGAUGAGGAUUUGCUGGUCAUGUUGGAAUCAUUGUUAGAGGCAGGAGUACAAGCUCUAAGUGUAGAUGUGGAAUAUAAAGAUGAAAUCUGGGUAGUUGGGAACUCUACUAUUGCCUUCGAUGAUUUCCUCUUGACAGUACGGGAUUUUUUAGAUGGAACCAAUACAGAUCUUUCAGCAAAUAUAUUAAUGGUAAUGUUAAGGAUCCAGCCGAACUCAUCAGAUUAUGGUUCUCCCAGCACGUUUAAUAAUUAUACUCACGGCUACAAUUACUCAGAUAUUAGUGAUUAUAACAAGGACGAUAUUGGCGAUGCUUCCGACAUAGAAGCUCUUAUAUAUUCAAAUAUUGGCCGGUCAUAUAUAUACUCCCCAGAAGAUUUGGUUGAUGAUAGAAACAAGAGUUAUACAUCAGAUAUUUAUGGGUUAAACUCAGUAAAUGGAUGGCCUACUUUAUCACAUUUUCUCUAUCAGAAGAGGAAGAGAGUCUUAUUUACAGAAUUGACUACUGAGAUGCCUUACAAUACAUCUUCCCUUCUUUUCAACAAAACAAUAUUACACUUAGAUGGGGGGAAUAUAGCUAUUAGUUGCCCAACUUCAAAUAGUGAACUUACAGAACUUUCGCUAGUUGCGUGGAGAUUUAUAGAAAACGAAUUUACAGAUGAUUCUGUUCGAUCUUACGUGGAUUGUGGAUAUUCGCCUAUUAUUGCUAACAAAUACAAUCAAAAUAAUAUAACACACUUAUUAAACUUGACUCAAUCUGCAUUAUUAUGGUCUUGGGAAGUUGGACAACCUUCAACAAAUGAAAAGAAAAACUCAGACACUUUGGAAGCAUAUAAUUGUGUUUCCUUUGUUUAUACAGCAAAUAACUAUUCGGCUUACUGGAAAGUAGAAAACUGCUAUGACGAAAAGAAGGGUUUAUGUGAAGCAAAAACGGAUUUAUUUUCAUAUAUAGUAUCAGAAAAUGUCGAUAGUUAUUUCAAUUUUGACAGUUUUGACGGUUCAAAUUGCCCCGAUGGAUUUGAUUUUUCAAUCCCAAAGACACCUUUGGAACAACUUGCAGUUAUAAAUUAUUUAAGACUUCGAAAUUCAUCAGAUACUGAAAUAUGGAUCGAUUUGAACUCAAUCUCGGUCAAUAAUUGUUGGGUUACUGGUGGUCCUUACGCUACAUGCCCAUAUGAAACAGUAAUGUCAAGAAGAAAUUUUACUAAAAUGAUAACGCCAGCUUCAAUAACUUCAUUUGGAUUGCUAGUACUAGUCACAUGUUUGAAUCUACUAAGUCUUCCAAUUCAUGAUAACAGAAGUAAUUGGAGGCGUAUGAUAAACAAACUGUCAAGAAAUGAAUUUGACGGUGUUCCUGCAUAA